AUGGACUCGGAACCAAUUUCCUUGAGAACCCUCACGAUCCUCCUCAAAUACGAGAGAUCUACCUCCGACGCUCGUUUCCCAAAUGUUCGUCUCAUCAACACCAGCUUCGUGGACCUAGCCUGUAAGCUCCCUACACAGACAAUAAAAGCUGAAUUCCCGAAAAAACCCAAAACUAUCAGGGAGGAGCACUUUCACCACUUCGGACAUCAAGGCGCUCCAGCAUUCUCUACCGAGGAGGCAAUCGUAGCAACAUGUAUCAUCCAUCCUACUGCUCAACCAGCAAUCAAGGGGCUUUCCCUCAAAAAUCGUGACCUGAUUUUCAACAUCACACGUGGUUUCAAUGGUUGUUUCCAUGCCCUUCACCUUUAUCAACAAUUCUUCAAGCUCUACCCGCCAGGUCGAAAAGUCUCAAUCCAGCUAGGCAAAGAGGAACCUAUUCUUUUCGAGCCGUCAUCGCGCGUCAUUCCCGAGUUCGACUUGUUUGGUACGAAGUUAUUUUCAGUUUCUAUGGUUCAUUCUCCUAUACCUCAAGAGUCUAGAUACUUCGACCUCCUCGCUUGUGGGGACGAGGAAGGUAGGCGACACGCCAUUCUCGGUUUUCCAUCCCCAAAUGACCCCGAGGAGUACCUCGUGGUGGACAUGACAUCUUUGCAAUAUGGAGAGGUCGUUGGAGGGGUAUUUGGAGAACCAUACUUCAUUGGUACCUUGAAGGAUUGGAACGUUAUGAUGAGCAAAUGCUGUGACAAGUUGGUAGUGGUAAAAGUCUCGCAAUUGGUUGGGGAUUCCAAGUUCACACAAAACUCAAAGGAAUGCGCAGAGAGAGUUUUGAAAAAGUAG